AUGGUUAUGCAGAAGAGGUUGGAUUAUGGUUUUAGUGGCUAUGAAGUUCCUUCCGUUCCUCGAGCUUCGAGAUCUCCUAGGGGGAGAGGUAAGAUCAGGAAGAAACCCGACAGCAAUCAAAUACAAGCAUUUGAUAUUUUGGCUAGUGUAGCGGGCAACCUUUUGCAGAAGAAUCAGAGUUCGGUUCCUGAUAAUGCUGCUUCUGCGAAAGAUCCUCGUUCGUUUUCUGGUAUUAGCGUAAAGGAAAACAAACAAGAGAAUCAAGGAGGACUGUUUAAGGAGGAGCAAUUGGAGCAUGGAACUUGUAGUGAAGCUGUCUCCGGUUGUGUCCCUAAUUUGCAAGUGAAACAUGAAAACCAAAGAGUCAUGGGCGAUUCUUCUUUACACGAAAACCAUCUUGAAGGACAAGGACAGAAUGUCCUUGAGAGGGAAGAUGAGCGUGUGAAAUUGAGAAGUACAAAUGAGAAAAUCACCUGCAUUAAAAACAGAUCGGAUGGAUUGAUAGAACCAGGCCAAAAAGCAUCGAAAGAUUGCAGUGCGGAAAAUCACGUGGAAAAGCCUUCAUUGGAGGCUCGUAGCCACAUGAAUCUUAAUUCUUUACCAAAUGGAUUCGGUACUAGGAAAUUAGUUAAUAGAGAUGAUGACGAAAAUAUUGUUAGGUGCACUCAACUGAAUUCAAAGAAUAUGAUAUCUGGCUCACCCGGCUCACCACCAGAUACGAUAAAGGUUAAGGAUGCAAGUCAUUUUGCGAAUGAUGAGAACAAUAGCGGGGACAAUUCGGUGCUUGAAAAUUCUGAAAGGAUGUAUCCAUUUAAGAAAAGGAAGUUUUUCUAUCAAACUUCAUCGUCUACGUCUGAUAGCUGGUCUCACUGUCAAGGCAUAGUUGAUUCUUCUAGUCCAAGGGUUAAUGGUACAAACCAUGGUGCAGGUGCAACAAUGCAUGUAAUUGAAGAAUCAUCUUCUAUGGCUGAUCAACAAGUACAUCCCGCAUCCAAGGGUUGUAAUGUGAAGCUUAGCAUAAAAUCCUUUAAAGUCCCCGAGCUUUUUAUCGAUAUACCUGAAACUGCAACUAUUGGUUCACUCAAGAGAACGGUAAUGGAAGCCGUGACAUCUAUACUUGGAGACGAACUACAUGUAGGCAUCCUGCUUCAGGGAAAGAAGAUUCGAGAUGACAGCAAAACUUUGAUCCAGACCGGGAUCUCUCAAGAUGACAAACGACAUAGGUUAGGAUUCAUGUUGGAGCCAAGACAUAAUCGAAUGUCAUCUUCAUACAAUGACGACCCUUGUUUACUAACCACCGGUUCACGACAAAAGAUAUCUAGGCAAUCGACUUCUUUAAUGUUACAACAAGGAACGUAUAAUGUAUCUCGAGAACGUUCUACGGUAAAAAUUGAAAAUUGUGCGGAAGGUGAUCUUAACGGGGUCUCCUCUCUAGGAGAUACUUCAGCUAACAAUAAUAACAUGUCAAAAUGCCGCGCGCUGGUCACAGUUCCUGCCAUCAACAUGGAUGCAUUAGCUGUGGUUCCGUACCGGCGCAAAUCAGGGAAUCCUGACUUUGGGCAGCGCCGUAUCAGGAGGCCGUUUUCUGUUCUAGAAGUUGAAGCAUUGGUUCAGGCAGUUGAAAAACUAGGAACCGGAAGAUGGCGUGAUGUCAAACAACGUGCUUUUGACAACGCAAAGCAUCGAACUUAUGUGGAUUUGAAGGAUAAGUGGAAGACAUUGGUUCAUACAGCGAGAAUCUCCCCUCAACAAAGGAGAGGAGAACCUGUUCCUCAAGAGCUUCUCGACAGGGUCUUAGCUGCGCAUGCCUAUUGGUCUCAACAACAAUGUAAGCAUCAAGUUAAAUCAAUGUGA